GCCCCAGAGCUGGAGAGGAAUAGGUUCCCCAGCAGAAACUUUGAAGCAGAGAUUCUGACAGCUCCACAGGAUAAUUCAGAGCUCUACAUGAUCCCAUCAAUGAGAAGUCUCACAGCUGAGGAGUAUGUGGAGGCCUUUAAGUCAUUUCUGGAUCAUUCAACAGAGCACCAGUGUAUGGAUGAGUUCAACAAGGAAGAAAUGCCCAACAUCAUGGCUAGUCUUGGCAACGGAAAAUCAACUAUCAGCAUUCUGGGAGUUGGAAGUGGCACAGGUGAGCAGGAUUUGAAAAUGAUCAGGAUACUGCAGGCUGCACACCCAGGAGUCCUUAUCGACAAUGAAAUUGUGGAGCCCAACCCCCAGCAUGUGGCAGCUUACAAAGAGUUAGUGAACCAAGCUCCAGACCUGCAGAAUGUCUCUUUCGUUUGGCACCAGCUCACUUGCUCGGAGUACGAACAACAAAUGAAAGAGAAAGGGGCACAUAAGAAAUUUGACUUCAUCCAUAUGAUCCAGAUGCUGUACCGUGUGGAGGACGUUCCCAAUACCAUCAAGUUUUUCCACAGCUGCCUCAACCAUCAUGGUAAACUCCUGAUCAUAAUAUUAUCAGACAGUAGCGGAUGGGCCAGCUUAUGGAAGAAGUACAGAGCCUGCCUGCCUUCCACCGACAGCGGCCACUACAUCACCUCCAACAGCAUCACGGAUGUUCUGAAGAGACUGGGUGUUGAAUACCAUGUUUAUGAGUUCCCGUCGGGCUGGGAUAUCACCGAGUGCUUUAUCGAGGGGGACCCAGUUGGAGGCCACAUGAUGGAUUUCCUGACAGGGACAAAAAACUUCCUGGGCACGGCCCCACUGGGGCUACAGCGGCGGCUGCAGGAGGCCCUCUGCCAGCCCGAGUGCAGCAGCAGGAAGGAUGGGAGGAUCAUCUUCAGCAACAACUUGAGUAUGAUUGUGGUUGAAUCCUAG